GCCGACAGGAAGCCGAAUCGGUCAUGGUGUCUUCCGGUGAAACCAACAUUGGAAGAUGAAGUAUGGACAGUGAGUCUGCUGCGGUACCUAACCAUCAAGCAAUAUCUCCUUCCUCUCCUACAAAAAAUCCAGCCAUGAAUGGAACCUCACAAGCCCCGUCAGGCUUCCGCCAUAUUCUACCACAAAUUCCUACCAUGAAUAGGAACCCUAAAAUUGCUCAAAGUAAAGCUAGUGCUAAGAAGGAAGUAGCUAGUCCACCAGGAAGUGUUGGUUCUAAGUUGGUAGUGGAAGAUGCUAGCAAGGUUGUUGCAAUAGAUGUAGAUGUCAAACAAGAAAUAUCAGUCCAGAAGAUGCCAGAGGAGGGGGUGCCAAAUGAAAAUGAAGAGUCCGCAGAAAAUGAGAAGCCAAAAGAAUCUGACAAGUCUCCAACAUUGAGUGCAGUAUCUACCUUAGAUCCAGAUAAAAAACCUGAAGGAAAGUCAGAUCAAAAUCAGGAUCUCAAAACACAAAAAAAAUUGAAGUCAUCAUCAGAAAAAUCAGAGCUUAAAGGUACAAAAUCUCCGGAAAAGUCUGAACAGAGGCCACAGAAUCCACCUGAAAAGAAAGUGGGAAGUUAUAAAAAUAUUUUUGAUGACAAGGUUGUUGAAGGUAAAAGACAACGCAAACCUAAAGUUAUCGAUGAUGAUUUGACUGGGUCACCUAAAACAGCUGUGAAAGCACCAGAAGUUAAACUUAAAAAACGAGAAUCUUUAACAGUAGUAGAGGAGGAAAAACCAGUAGAAUGGUUGGUUGGUGAUUGCCUUUGGGGAAAAGUGGCAGGACAUCCAUGGUGGCCAUGUAUGGUAUCUUUUGAUCCCCACACUGGUAUAUAUACAAAAAUGCAAGGGAAAUCAAGGAUGUAUCACAUGCAAUAUUUUGGUGAUGAAUGUGAAAGAGGAUGGGUUUAUAGCUCAUCAGUGAUGGAGUUUAAAGGGAAGAAAGAUUAUGAUGAACAUGUGAAACAAGCAUUUGAUAAUGCGAAAAAGUCUGAUCGUACUAGACUAGAAAAAUUAUAUAAAACUUACCCUGGUAGAUUAAAAGCCUGGAAUAUAGCAAUACUGGAAGCUGAGUCUGCAUUGCCAUUGUCAAGAAAUGAACGUAAACAGAAAUAUAUAUUUGAUUAUGAACAACCCAAACCUGUUGAUGUACCCCCGGUCGCUGCUGAAGUGACCCCACUAAAUGGAGAUGUUGAAUCAAGUUCUGAACAAAAAAAAGUGGAUAAAAGUAAAAAGAGAAUGUCAUUACCUGUUAAAGAAAAAACUAAAGAUUCUAAAGUACAAAAAAGAAAAUUAAGUUUAGAUGUUAACUCUCCUAAUAUUCCAAAACCAAAAAAGAUGAAAGUAUCUGAGGAGGAAACACCAGUAAAAACAGAUACACCCAAAGUUCAACAAAUUGAAGGAUGUUUUGAAGUAUUUUGUCAAAAAAAUAAAGAUACAAUGAUGGAAGAACAUCCUAGUUUUACUGAAGAGAUGCUUGCAGACCUAAUGAAACAACAAUGGUGUAUGAUGAGUCAAAAACAAAAGGCUCGAUAUAAAUCAAAGUUUGCCUCUGAUGAACCAGAACCUAAAAAGAAGCGUAUGAGUAAACCAACAGCAAAAAAAAUUGAUAUGGAAGAAAUGGAAGAAGAUGCACCUGAAGAGGAAGAAGUUGCAAAGAAGAAGAAAUCUUCACAAAAGUCAACAGAACCAGAGGAGCAAGAAAAACCAGAGAAAGUUCCUAAGGUCAAACGUUCAAAAUCUGUCAAAGAAACAAAGCCUGUUGUUAGUGAUCAGGUUGAGCCAAUGGAAACAGAAGAAACUGUUGAACCAAGUGAAGAGGAUCAGGAAAAUUCCAAGAGUGCUGCUCCUAAACCUACUGAUCUAGAAAAUGAAGAACCAGAGUUUGAGAUUUUGAAAUUGGCCUCUUCUGGUCCUCAAAAAGCAGAAAAGAUCUGUCAGAUAUGUGAGAAAGAUGGAGAUUUGUUAGACUGUACUGGUCCUUGUUUGGGCACCUUCCAUGCUAAUUGUCUUGGUCUGAAAGAAACAGCUUCUGAAAACUUUAAAUGUGACGAAUGUACAACAGGAAAUCACAGCUGUUUUAAGUGUAAGAAAGCUGACACAAACACGAAGAAGUGUGGCGUUGUACAAUGUGGAAAAUUUUACCAUGAGGACUGUGUUAAAUCUCUUCAGUAUGCUAAAUGUGAGAAUAAAAAUUUCACAUGUCCACUUCAUGCCUGUGAAAGUUGUUGUGCUGAACAAACUAAAAAAGACAAGUCAUCUAAAGGUGCCAGAUUAUUGCGUUGUGUAAGAUGUCCUACAGCAUACCAUGUAGGAGAAUUCUGUAUAGGAGCUGGAAGUAUAAAUUUGCCUGGUUAUAAUAUUGUUUGUCCUAAACAUUUCAAACCAUCAAAGUCAAAUAAGGCUGUACAUAGUCAUGUAAAUGUGUCCUGGUGUUUCUCUUGUAACAAUGGUGGUUCAUUAAUCUGUUGUGAGAGUUGUCCAGCAGCUUUCCAUGCAGAUUGUGUAAAGAUUAAAUCAACCGAAGGAAGCUUUUAUUGUGCUGAGUGUGCUGCUGGGAAAAGACCAUUAUAUGGUGAUAUUGUAUGGGUCAAGUUAGGAACAUACAGAUGGUGGCCAUGUCAAGUCUGUCAUCCUGCCAAUGUUCCACACAAUAUACAACACAAAGCUCAUGGUGUUGGAGAAUUUCCUGUACAGUUUUUUGGUUCUAAAGAUUAUUACUGGAUCCAUAAAGGAAGGUGUUUUGCAUUCCAAGAAGGUGACAAAGCCUCAAAAGAAAACACAGCAAAUAAGCAUUUAGCCAAGAUAUUUAGCAAAGGUGUUUAUGAAGCAACAGAGGCAUUCAAAGUAUGGAAGGCAGUGAAAGCCAACAAAGAACAAGUUGAAAAAGAAAGACAAGACAGAAAACCAGCACCAUUUAAAUAUGUAAAGACAAAUGUUCCAAUAGGCAGUGUACAGAUCUACAAAGCUGAUUUGACAGAAAUUCCUAGGUGUGAGUGUAAGCCAGAACAAGAUAAUCCUUGUAGUUCUGACACUGAUUGUCUCAACAGAAUGUUAAUGUAUGAAUGCCAUCCAGCUGUUUGCCCAGCCGGAGAGAAAUGUCAGAAUCAGAGAUACCAGAAACGGGAAUAUCCAGAUUCAGAACCUUAUAAAGUUCCUAAUAAAGGAUGGGGACUAAAGACAAAUGUUUCUGUUAAAAAGGGACAGUUUGUUAAUGAAUAUGUUGGUGAUUUAAUUGACGAAGACGAGGUUAAAAAGAGAAUAAAACAAGCACAUGAUGAUAAUGUGAUGAAUUUCUACAUGUUAACAUUAGAUAAUAAAAGAAUAAUAGAUGCUGGACCUAAAGGAAACUUGUCCCGGUUUAUGAACCAUAGUUGUCAACCUAACUGUGAGACACAGAAAUGGACUGUAAAUGGUGAUGUCCGUGUGGGUCUGUUUGCACUGCAUGAUAUUCCAGCAGGAUCAGAGUUGACAUUUAAUUACAACUUUGAAUGUUUGGGAAAUGACAAAACAAGUUGUUCAUGUGGUGCUGCUAACUGUAGUGGAUUCCUGGGUGUUAGACCAAAGACUGCAGCUGCAGCAGCUCAAGAGAAAAAAGCAAAAGAAGCAAAAAGUAAAGAUAAAAAGAAACGGAAAAAAAGAAAAACUGAAGUCAAGAAAAGCCAUGAGGAUGAGUGUUUCAGAUGUGGUGAGGGAGGGGAGUUAAUCAUGUGUGACAAAAAUGGAUGUCCAAAAGCUUAUCAUUUAACUUGUCUUAAGCUGAGCAAACCUCCACAUGGAAAAUGGGAUUGUCCCUGGCAUCAUUGUGACGAAUGUGGUAAACCUGCCACUAAGAAAUGUGCCCUUUGUCCUAACUCAUUCUGUUCAGUACAUGAAGAAACCAAUAUCAGGGAAGUACAAGGUUUCCUUAUUUGUACUGACCAUGAAGAUUCCGAGGCAAAUGAUCUCUACAUAUCUGAUCAGGAAGAACGAGCCUCAAGCAGCACAAGAUCUUCAGUGUCAUCAGACGUUGCCUCUGAAGAUGAUUCCAAACCAGUUGAGAAAAAGAAGGCAAGUAACGGCAAAAGAGGCAGAAAGAGUGGCAGUAAAUCUCAGGGUACAGACGAUCCAUUGGCCGUAGCCCCAAUGUUUGAUGACAGCGAUGACGAUGGAUUCUCAGGACUUGUUAUAGACAUACCCAGUAUCCCAUAAGGCAUCUUGUAUUCACUUGUAAAAAACAGUUUCAUUGCAUGAAUUCAUUAUACUUGAAUUGUUCACUAACAAAUAACAAAUUUGAGGAGAACUUGUUAACUUUGUUUUGUAAAUAUCUUAAUAUUAUUCGUUAUAUUCAUCCUGUUACAAUAUUUGUCGUAUUCUCUUUGUUAAUUUUCAAGUUGACAAUAGAUUUAAAGUAUUCCAAUGAAUCAGAUAAGCACAGUAUUGUUGUUUCUCAUUCAAGAAGUUAAUUCAACAACUGUUCAGUUAAUUCUACACCUGUUCAUGUGUUUCCUGAAAAAACAUAAUGUAAAUACCUAAAAUGACCUCAGAUUUACUCAACAAUCUUAUAUAAUUUGUAUAUUUUGAUCAAAUGUUUCUGUACCUUCAUUGGACAUAUUUCACAUUAAAAUGUCCAAUAUUCUAGGUUUAACAUGGUAGGGAUACCUCAAAAUUUCUACAAUACCUAUGAAGUUUCAUCUACAUAAGUUUUGAUAACUCAUCCUCAUGCCUGUUAGUUUACAAUUUUCAAAUGUGUUUAUUAAAUGUCAACUUUCAAAAUUUAUAUCUUUAUAAUAAAUUGUUUAAGAAAAACAUUAUUGGCAUAUUUAUACAGUAGGCAUUUUAAAUUUUAUGGGAUAAUUUUUAGAAAGAAAGGAAAACUUUUCAAUAUUUUUGUAUGAAUGCUUCAGCUAUAAAUAUCUUGAAGAGUUCUUUGAUGGGAUGGGAGUGACUCAUUUAUCCAAUAAUUUUUGUUGAAAUUUUUAUGAUGAAAAAUGACUUUCAUGUAAAUAAAACAAAAUUGAAUGGAAAAAACUGGAGAAAUAUGUAGAACUUGGGUUAGUUCUAAGAUUUCAAUAUUUUCCCCCUCUUUUGUUUUUGGCAAAGAAAAGAUGGAUUGUGAAAAUUAAUUAUUUGGGACUUUUUGUGUAUGUGGUUGAACCAUGAAUCCAUAUUCAUGCUUUUAUUUUCUUUGACAAAUAGGAGGGUUAGAUUCAAUUAAGCUUUUAUAAAAAUAUUCAAAAGUGAAAAUAUUUAAAUCAAGUUCAGUUCAAUCAGAAUUAUUUGUACAUUAAAUAUAACAGAAAAAAAGCUAUUGUUUAAAUUUUAGGGAACGCAAAGUGUACAGAAUUUGAUUUGUUUGAAAAAUGUGUGGAAGAAGUUUAUAAGGAUUGUUCUAAUUUGUUUAUUCAAUUUAUUAUUGUCAACUGAUAAUUACUAUUGAACAUAUUUAAUAUGAUAUUACCAGUGUUUCCACCCAGCAUUCAUGCUAUGGUACCUGAAUUAAAAAUUUGAAAUUAAAAAAAAUUGUUAGAAUUAUGCAGAAGUGGGAUGAAAUUGUUAACAUUUUAUUGUUAUAUUUGAACACAUUAUUUGAGUGUCUUGCAAGUUUUAAAAGUUGAUAUUUAUGGUAGUAAAAUGUUGGCAUUUUGUGAUAUGUUCAGGAUUAUUAUCAGGUUGCAUAUAUUUUCUUAGUCUCACUCUUAAUGAUGAAUACUAUUAAUAAUAAUAACUUUAUCAGCUCAAAUAACACCCUUAAGAGGAUCAAAAUUGAGGGAACAGGGAAGGGGUGGGGUAUAUAGAAAUCCCCCUGUCCAUCCAUCUUUUACAGGUGCCUUGUCAUCAACUCCUCAAAAACAUCUGGACAGAUAAUGAUGAAACUUUACACAAUAGUAAAGUGUAACAUGUGAAUAAAGGAAAGUAAUCCUAGUUCAACAUGUUAAAGGGAAGAUAAUCAAUUUACUUACUUCAAUAUACUUAUAGUAUUGCGGGGCAAGGGUAUCCUUUUGUGAGUUUAAUCGCAGUUUUAGUUUUGAAAGGAAUAAACAAUGAAAAAUCAUGAUAUAAACAAAAUAUUUUUUUGUAAGCCACAAAUUAUUUGUGGAAAAUUCAUGGAAAAUUAAUUCCCAACUUUGACUGAAUUGUUUUUAAUACGAAGGGAACAGAAGGAAUCUUUUUCCAAAGAAAUCCAUUGUCUAUGUACCACGAAGAACAAAUAUUGAAUUUUUGAAUUUAGCAGUCUGUGAAAAAACUUAUAUGUAUUUGCUCUAAAUCUCGUUUCAAGAAAAUACUUCCAUAUGUUUAACAAAUUUUUUCUAAAUUUUCAAUGGCUCAAACCAAUUUUUACAAGUCACUUGACUAUUGCUAUGUUUUUGGCACAGAAUGAGAUCGGAAAAGAUAAAGGCAGAUAAUAAACUGUUUUUGUUGCAAGUACAAAUAAAAAGGAAUUAGAAUUUUAUCAUAUCGUGAUAUUUUUCUAUUUUUUCAGUCAAUUAAUUUAAUGAAAUGCGAUGUACUUGAAUGAAAGAUUUAAAGAAAAUUCUGUGCAAUCAUGUGAAACUUGUGUGUCACACUCAAAUUUUUUUUGAAAAUCAUGUGUAGAGAACAGAUUUUUUUUUUAUUUGGUGAGUAAUUAAAAGCUAUAAGUUCAAUAAUUAAAAUGAAUAGUUCCCAUUCUAAAUAAUACCUUGUUAAAGUUAUUGUAUGUAAAAGUAUUCAUGAGCUAGUUAUAUAGUGUGUAAAUAGACGAUUGUAUUUUAUUGUGUUAAUUCUCAAAUUGUUUUAUUCUAAAUUUUAUUUAACACAAAAAUGUUAGAAUUGUAUUUUAGUGUGGUGGAAUAUUUAUGACAUAAAAUUCUUUCAGAGGUUUUUUAACUGAUAUUUUAUUGUACAUUAUUGGUGUCAAAGUUGAUUUUUAAUAUCUUAACAUUGCUUUAGUUCUACUCUAUAAAUAUUGUAAUUAUAUUUAAAAAUACAGGUGUUGAAACAUAAAAGUGUAUAUUAAUCUUUCUGUUAUGCAAGUCAAAUUCCACAUAAACUUCUCCCAUUCUAAGUUCUUUUGGCUUUCUUAUCGAGUAAUAGAUAUAUUGAAUGAAAAUUUACAGAGUUCGCGAAAUGUGGUGGUCCGAAGGAUUUGACCACCAAAAUUUUGCAAAGGACUGACACAAUCUUGGUAUUUGCAAUAAAAAUAAUAAUAAGGACCAGCAGAUUUUCUCCAAGGAUCACCAGGGGAAAAAGAUUUUGCUAACUCCUAAUUUAUAAGGGGAAGGGGACUCUUUAGCUAUAAAAUGGUUUUAAGAGAAAAUAUGAAUUAUUAGCAUUUUUUAAUUCAAAAAAAAAUAUGAACAAACUGAUUAAAAAUUUAAAUUACAUAUAAUAGUAAUUUAAUGCAGACUUCAAAUUAGGAAAGUUUAUGUACAAACUUUAAAACUAGAUAUGUCCUCUUUUAUAGUUAGUCAGUAUUUAUAUCGAUAUUGAUUCAGGGCUUGUUUCAUUUAUAAAAUAGUAUGUGAAAAGGUAGAAAGGCUUCCAAAAUCCUCCUCUCCACAACCAUUAUUGUUUGCAUACAUCAAAUGGAAAUACAACCAUAAAUGACCAAUGAUCAAAAUUAAAAAAAAAUAAAACUUCCAUUUCCACCCCCUCACAAUUAUUUUAACAGAAUACCCCUUUAUAAAGCAGUUGUACAGUUAUGUGAAUCAUGUACACACCAAGGAAGUAAAACAUCAUAAUAAAUUACAAAGUCAAACUAUUGUUCAUAAGUCUGAAGUAAAUGAUCUCAUGUAUAGGUUACACAAUAAUAGAAAAUUCAUUUGAAAACACGUCCGGGAAAAAAGUUUUUUUGUUCGUGACAGAAUACGUAAGAAUUAGAGCUCAGUAAUUGUAUGAUUAUAUAGGUAAAUAGACUGUACUACUAAUUUUGUUUGAAAAAUUUACAGGAGUUCAGAGGAUGGGGUAAGAGUUUAUACUAGAUUUUGGCAGGCAAAAUUCAACAAAUAAAAUGUUAUGUACAAAGUUUUUGUAAUAUAAUAGUAAAAUGGGAGAACCAUUACAAUAUAAAUUCUUAGGUAAAACAAAAGUAAAACUAGAUCAUUAUAUAUUUAUAGGUUAACAUUGAUUUCAUCAUUAUUCUGGAGUACAUAAUUUUUCAUGGAAUUGUUCAUACAUUAUUUGUAAAGUGUUAUUAUGUAAAUUGUGAAAUUAAAGCUUCUGGUAGAUA